AUGCGUCGCCUGGGACGAAUGGCGAUCGGAGCAACUGCUGGAAAGAAGGCUCCCUGGGAGAGAGCUUGGGAAGAUUUCGUGCGGCUGGAUCGCGAGGCGGAGCUCCACGGCUCCCGGCGAAUCGGCCUCGGCUGUGCUGACUCCGAUGUUGAUGUGGUGACCUCCUUGCCUUUGGAGUCGUUAGUGGACUUGGUGAGGUCGCCUGCACCGGCUUCACCUGCCCGGACUUUUGAGCUGCUGGAGCACGUUCGAUGGGCGCGUGUGCCACGACUUAUCCUCAAGCAUCGGCCAACCGAGAUCGAGGUUGAUGUCAUUAACUGCCAGCUGGACCAUCAAUCGCAUGAACGUGAUGAGGUCAUACAUGUGUUCCUCGAUGCUUGUCCGAUUGCCCGUGACUUCAUGGUUCUCAUCGGUGAGUGGGUACACCAGCAUUCAGCAUUGAUGCCUCCCAAGCAAGGCUUUCCAAACACCUACACCUUCCGCAUGAUUGGCUUCCACUUCUUGCAGACACGCAAGCCAGGGCCGUUGCUGCCUGCACUGGCUGACAGCGGUGCGGCUUUGAGGGACUCGCACUUCCUGGACACGGACGAAGAUGCCUCGCAACUCUUUACGGACUGGCUCAGACUGUUGGUGAGAGCCGGAGCCUCUCAUGGCCGUCUUUGGGCGGAUCUGCGCAAUCCUUGGGACACUGGGCCUGAGGAGAUCAAGUGGGGCGUCAUCGACCCGGUCUCUGGAAGGAACAUCACGCAGUUCCGUGGAGACCAAGCAAAGCGAAUCGCAGCCUUGGCUGCCAAAGAACUUCGCCUUCGUCGAAAGCCUAGAAGCACACUGGCAGAGCUCGGUAAGUUGCAGCAGUUUUGCGGCUUCUUGAGCAGCAGCUACUGGACAUUCUUGGACCGGGCUUGCAAAUCGUAG